AUGAAGUUCACGACUCUUGCUUGUUUGGCAAUCUUGGGGAUUUCGACUUUGAAUGAAGUCAAUGCUGCUCCUAUUGCCGAGAUCGGAUUAAAUAAUAAACGCGACUCAACACCUUCAUAUGAUUAUAAAGACAAGAAGGAUAAAAAAGAUGAUUAUUAUGGUGGCAAAGAUGAUGAAUACUAUGGCAGCAAAGAUGAUGAUUACUACGGCGGCAAAGACGAUAAAUAUGAUGAUGACAAAAAGAAAUCCAGCUACAGACGGUCUGCCUUAGCCUCCCCGGGUGACAAAGAUGAUGAUUACUAUGGCGGCAAAGACGAUGAUUACUAUGGUGGCAAAGACGAUGAUUACUAUGGCGGCAAAGACGAUAAAUAUGAUGAUGACAAAAAGAAAUCCAGCUACAGACGAUCUGCCUUAGCCUCCCCGGAUGAUGAUUACUAUGGCAGCAAAGACGAUGAUUACUAUGGCGGCAAAGACGAUAAAUAUGAUGAUGACAAAAAGAAAUCCAGCUACAAACGAUCUGCCUCCCCAGGCGACAAAGAUGAUGAUUACUAUGGCAGCAAAGACGAUGAUUACUAUGGCGGCAAAGACGAUAAAUAUGAUGACAAAAAGAAAUCCAGCUAUUAA